AGAAAGACACACACGAGACGUCGAUAGCUGCUGGUGCUUGUAAAUGCCAGGGGAGCCAUGCCGCCUGCACCAGCGGAUACGAGCGAACAGCCCACGCUGCGCGUGAUGCGACUGUACAAGCCCCGAUUAGAUGGUCGCAGAGUGCUUCCGCCCUGCUCCGCAGCUACCGCGUCUGAUCCUAUCUCGUUGGGAUCGACGAGGGGUGAGGGCGACUUCGCUCUCAGCAGCGCCCUCAAGCUCCCCGAUAGCUUCGGGAACAUCUACCUCGGCGAGACUUUCACGGCCUACAUCAGCGUGCUGAACCACAUGUCGACGACCGUGCUCGUCAACGCGUCGCUGUCGGCCAAGCUGCAGUCCCCGACGGGCCGGGUGGAUCUUGAGGACAGGCGCACGGCGAGGGGUGCGAGCGUGUCUCGCCCAAACCCGGCCCCCCUGCUCAGCCCCUCGGAGAACCUAGACAUGAUCGUGGAGCACACGCUGGAGGAACUCGGCACGCACACGCUCAGGGUUACGGUAAAGUACCACGUGGCCGGUGAUCCUGAAGGGUCUGAGCCGCGCAGCAUGCGCAAGUUUUAUCGAUUCUCGGUGAUGAACCCCGUGAGCGUGAAUCCCGUCUGCACGGCCGUGCGGGGCAGCCCCUUCGUGGAGGUGCAGCUGGUCAACACUACGCAGAUGGACCUCUUGUUAGAGUCGUGCCACUUCAUCCCGGAGGGCGGGGUGGAGGCGUCGCUCCUUGGGGGAGGCGAGGGCGGCGACCCCCUGGCCGCAUCGCCGUGGGACGAGGGCAACGAGAACACGGACACCGCGAGCGACGGGGGGGCAAGACCACCCCUCCAGGGAGAAGGAGAAGCGGGAUGCGAGGGGGUAAGAACGAGUGCCGCGACGACCAAGGGGGCUUGGAGGAGAGAUCGCUGCUGGUGGAGGGGAGGCGGGGGGAACGGACGGGGUCCGUCACUGGGCGGGGGGGCGGGGGAGGAAGGGAAAUCACCGCCGCACGACGACCGCUGCCUGCUGACGGCCGUGGAACGCUUCGAUGGCCGCGUGCUCCUCCGCCCCGAGGAGGGUCAUCAGCUGAUGUACUCCGUGCGGCCAAGGGAAGAAACCACGUCCCCACCGCCGGGCAGGGAGGGAUCCUUGGGCGCCGUUGGGGGUGCUGCGCGGGCGGGGGGCGACGCGGGGGAGGGCGGGUUCGGGGAGGGGAGUCAUACGCUGGGCCGGGUGGAAGUGUGCUGGAGGACGACCACGGGGGAGUCGGGGAGCAUUCGGGGCGGUCCGGUGGUGUUCGAGGCCCCCGAUCGACCGGAGGUUGAGGGUGCCAAUAGCGGGGUUUGA